CAUUAAUGUGAAAAAGAGAAGACAGAGCAGGCUUACAAGACGCUCUACCAACUAAAGUGGGAAUUUUUUCGCCUUUUUCUUUUUGUGUCUGUCACAUUCCCAUCUUAUUCUUAUGUUUUAGGACAGACAGAUGGUUGUUUUGCGGUGUAAAAGAUACAUUCAGAAAACACAUACACUGUUCUGCUCCUUUCAACUUUCCUUUAGCUUUUUAACCCCCCCCCCCCUCCACCCCUCCACCCCAAAAAGAAAAAUUAUAUAUAAAAAAAAAAAAGAAAUGCCCCAACUUAGCGACCAUUUGAUUAUAUGCAAAGCAACCAAAAUGGCCUUUCCCAUUUCUGCUUCUGUUUAGGUCUCCCAUUUGUACACAUAAAAUAUAAAAAAGACCACCAUCCACCCAUUUUAAUAUUAGCUGUUUCAUGAGUUCAUAGAGAAAGGUGUGUUUACUACUAUUUUUUUUCUUGAGUUUAGAGUUGAAAGAAGAAGACGUUUGUGGGAAAUUGUAACUCCGCGAGCUGAUGAAGAAAGAUCUACGUUUUGUGCUUGACGCUGCGUGGUUUUGAAGGGAGUGGGUGGGAAUAGGGAAGACAGCGUUUUUGGGUGUUCACAAGUAAUGAUGGCGGUGACAUCAAGCUGUAAAGACAAACUGGGGAUGGACAGUGGUAAAUAUGUGAGGUACACCCCUGAGCAAGUAGAGGCUUUGGAGAGGUUAUAUCAUGAAUGUCCAAAACCCAGUUCCCUUCGUCGUCAGCAGCUCAUUCGGGAGUGUCCAAUUCUGUCCAACAUCGAGCCAAAACAGAUCAAAGUUUGGUUCCAGAACAGAAGGUGUAGAGAGAAGCAACGUAAAGAAUCAUCGCGCCUUCAAGCUGUGAAUAGAAAAUUGACAGCAAUGAAUAAGCUGUUGAUGGAAGAGAAUGAUAGGCUGCAGAAGCAAGUUUCACAGUUGGUGUAUGAGAAUAGCUUUUUCCGCCAACAGACUCAAACUGCAGCCCUUCCUGCUACAGACAACAAUAGUUGUGAAUCUGUGGUGACGAGUGGUCAACACAACCUGACCCCUCAGCGUCCACCAAGGGAUGCAAGCCCUGCGGGACUUUUGUCCUUAGCAGAGGAAACUUUAACAGAGUUUUUAUCAAAGGCAACUGGAACUGCUGUGGAGUGGGUCCAAAUGCCUGGGAUGAAGCCUGGUCCGGAUUCCAUUGGAAUCAUUGCUAUUUCUCAUGGUUGCUCAGGAGUAGCCUCACGUGCUUGUGGCCUUGUGGGUCUAGAGCCUACAAGAGUUGCUGAAAUCCUUAAAGAUCGACCAUCAUGGUUUCGUGACUGCCGAACAGUGGAUGUUCUCAAUGUGAUGUCCACUGGGACUGGUGGAACCAUUGAAUUGCUAUACAUGCAGCUCUAUGCACCUACUACACUGGCACCAGCUCGUGACUUCUGGUUGAUGCGUUAUACAUCUGUUAUGGAAGAUGGUAGCCUCGUGGUAUGUGAAAGAUCCCUGAACAACACUCAGAAUGGUCCUAGCAUGCCACCAGUGCAGACUUUUGUGAGAGCAGAUAUACUGCCAAGUGGAUAUCUGAUACGACCCUGUGAAGGGGGUGGUUCAAUCAUUCACAUAGUCGACCAUAUGGAUUUAGAGCCAUGGAGUGUACCUGAAGUGUUGCGUCCACUGUAUGAGUCAUCAACACUGCUGUCGCAGAGGACAACUAUGGCAGCAUUACGUCACUUGAGACAAAUUUCUCAAGAAAUUUCUCAUCCUACUGUCACUGGUUGGGGAAGAAGACCUGCAGCAUUGCGCGCACUUGGUCAAAGAUUGAGCAAGUUGUUUUUUCAAUUCCUGAUGUUUUUUCUACAUCUUAACAUUUUUAUUCCAUUUGUGAUGGAACUUCUGAUCACAUUGUGUAGGGGUUUUAAUGAGGCUGUUAAUGGUUUUACUGAUGAGGGGUGGUCUAUGCUUGAAAGUGAUGGUAUAGAUGAUGUUACCAUUCUCGUCAACUCAUCACCCAGCAAAUUGAUGGGUGCGAAUCUGUCUUAUGCCAAUGGAUUUCCAUCAAUGAGCAGUGCUGUGCUUUGUGCCAAGGCUUCUAUGCUCUUACAGAACGUACCUCCUUCCAUUCUGCUUAGGUUCUUGCGUGAACAUCGGUCAGAAUGGGCAGACAGUGGUAUUGAUGCUUAUUCAGCUGCUGCAGUUAAAGCUGGUCCAUGCAGCAUACCAGUCACUCGAACUGGAAGUUUUGGUGGACAAAUCAUUCUUCCACUGGCUCAUACUAUUGAACAUGAAGAGUUUAUGGAGGUGAUAAGACUUGAAAGCAUUGGUCACUAUCAAGAUGACAUGAUCAUGCCUGGUGACAUCUUCCUUCUGCAACUUUGUAAUGGAGUGGACGAUAAUGCUGUUGGAACAUGUGCAGAGCUCAUGUUUGCUCCUAUUGAUGCCUCUUUUGCUGAUGAUGCUCCUCUCCUUCCCUCUGGUUUCCGUAUCAUUCCUCUGGAUUCCAAGUCGGACGCCUCUAGUCCAAACCGCACACUGGAUCUUGCAUCAACUCUUGAGGUUGGACCGGCUGGAAGUCGCCCAACUGGAGAUCAUUCCAAGAGCUCUGGUAGCACAAAGUCAGUUAUGACAAUAGCAUUUCAAUUUGCAUUUGAGAUCCAUCUUCAAGAAAACAUAGCAGCUAUGGCACGUCAAUAUGUCCGCAGUAUCAUAUCAUCUGUUCAGAGGGUUGCUUUGGCUCUCUCUCCAUCUCGUAUUGGUUCUCUCCCUGGUCUAAGGUCUCCACCUGGCACACCUGAAGCACAUACACUUGCCCGUUGGAUUUGCCAAAGUUAUAGGUUCUUCUUAGGCGUUGAGCUGCUCAAAUCUGUUAGUGGCGGGAGUGAAUCCAUCCUGAAAGAAAUUUGGGAUCACUUAGAUGCUCUAAUGUGUUGCUCUUUGAAGGCACUGCCAGUUUUCACAUUCGCGAAUGAGGCAGGACUUGACAUGCUAGAAACCACCUUGGUUGCCCUUCAGGAUAUUACUCUUGAAAAGAUUUUCGACGACAAUGGAAGAAAGGCGCUUUUCUCUGAGCUUCCACAGAUAAUGCAGCAGGGGUUUGCUUGUCUUCAAGGUGGUAUCUGUUUGUCAAGUAUGGGAAGGCCGAUAUCUUAUGAGAGAGCAGUAGCUUGGAAAGUAUUGAAUGAAGAAGAAGAUGCUCAUUGUAUAUGUUUCAUGUUCAUCAAUUGGUCAUUUGUCUGAUAUUUGCACAUCGAUGUAGGAAUUGAUACAAACAUGGAUCAGCAACAGCCCUUUUUUUAAUCAUACUUUAUGGAUCAACCUGCCUGCCUUUAUACUGUUUCGGCAGAAAUUUGCAAGUGAAAUCGUUUUUCUUUUCUCAAUUCUCACCAAGCACUAGUGUAUUUUGGUUGGUUUGUAAAAUUUAGUACUUUCUUUUA